AUGGCUUUUGUUCCCAUCAAUUUAAUUGAGGACCCUAGUGUUUCUCGUAAAGAUAUAGAGGCUGAACAUACAAGAGAGCUUCAAGUCGAACAAGCAUUUAAAACAUUCGAAAAUGCAUUGAACUGUCAAAAAGAAGGUAAGCUAGAUGAUUGCCAUCGAUCAUAUGAAUCAUUGUUUAAGUUGGAUAUAAUAUCGAAUCAUUACUUAGAAGAAGAAGAUUACAUAAAAGGUAUACAGAAUGGUAGUUCCAACACGAUUGUUGAUGAGUUGAAUUUCUUAGCACCAAAUGUGAAAUCUUUGAGGUACUUGAUAUUCCGUAAUAGAGCAUUCUUCUAUCUAGAUUUGUUGAAAGGAGCACCUGAAAAAUUGUCAGUAUUCAAUAAAUUCGAAGAUGAGACUUGGGAUCAAGAAAAGAUUGUGGAAAGAACUAAAGAGACAUUUUAUUCCAUGAUAGAUGAUAUGGGUAUUGCUUUAUUAUACCAAGAAGCCGACGAAAUUCUCCUAGAGACCUUGUAUGAUAUCUUGACAUAUAUGAAUGCUUCUAAAUUGGCAAGGUAUACUUUGGAAUACAUUUUGAGUAAGAAAGUUGAAAGUGAUGAUAUUCUUGGUCUAUUACCAUUAAAUGGGGUCACCAUAAAGUUGCAUAAGAACAUGAUACAGAAACUUCAAUGUAAACUAUUCGAUACAAAGUUGGAUCAAUCACAUAGAUCAAGAAUUGAAAAAGAAUACAAUUUUCUUGAGAACAUCAGAAAUGAGUAUAUGGAUCAAGUUAAUGAAUUGUUAUCCCUGAAAGACUUGGUUGUCAACAUACGAAAUCAAAAGCAAGAUUUAAAAUGGGAAGACAUCACCAGUUCCAUAAAUGAGAAGAUCAAAGCUAUAGAAGAUAAAUCAAGGACCGAAUCUACUUCGGCCCUGAAGAUAAAAAAUAUUGAUCCAUAUUACUUCACUUCAUAUCACUCCACUAGAUUGAUUUUUCACGUUUCUGAUAAAGGAAACUUGACUACUGACGAUAUAGAUGAAUCUGCUGUAGAAGAAGAACCCAAAGAAGAAGAUAUGGAAGUUGAUGAUUCAUCACCUGAACCAGAAAAAGAAGCUGAUGAUGAAGUUCUGAAAGAGGAAGAGCCUAAAGAGGAAGCACCCAAAGAUGGAGAAGAAAUUACCGACUCCAAAGAUACACCUGAAGUAGAGACAGUUGAAAUAGCGGAAACUGUUGAAGACAAUGAACCCACGAAAACUGACAACGAGGUACAAGAAAUUAUAGAUGUUGAUAAUUUGCCAGAUCAAGAUGUCAUCGAGGUUGAAGAUGAUGACGAAGGUAUGGAUGUAGAAGUGAUCGAGCCAGAAAAGGACGAGAAAUCAGAUGCAAAAGAUAAAGAGGAGGCAGAAAUUGAAGGAGAAACCAAGAUUGAAGAUCAAGGACCUAAAAACAACAAGAAUAUUCAAAGGGCCUCCAAGAGAUUACAAAAAAAUGAAUUGGAAUCGUUGUCGUGGUUACCUAAUAUUCCGUUGAACAACGAGAUGUUCCAUUUUUCCACUGCUUUCUUUCAGCAAAUGAAUACUCAUUUUUCAGUCUUAGAAGGAGCUGGAAGUCUCAAGGAUGUAUCUGAUUUAUUUGUUAAUCCUCCAUCAGAUCCUUUGUUUUACCAAGAUUUUGUAGAAAUACUCAAUUCCUACGAAGUUUUCAAAGCGUACAGUGGGUUCGUGAAGGGCCCCAAUAAGUUAGCUCAAAAACAAGAAGACGAUGAAAGAUUGAAAUUGUUAGAGGUCUUGAGGUCUUUUGGUACGAAACCCAGAUCGAUUACAGAUCCGUCUCCAGUAUCCCUCAAUGAUCAAUUUAAUGACGAGCAAAUGAAACUUCUCAUUAAUGAAUUAAACUCAUCCAACUUACACGUUACAGAUGUGAAGAUAAGAAUUUUGAAAUAUUUACUUGGGAUUCAAACGACGGGAUCUUGUCUUGUUUGUGAUACCGUUUGGACAGAAAAAUUAUUGAAGGAUGUUAAAACCUGGAUCUUACAAUUGGAUCAACAAAUACUUCAAAAAUCUAAGGAUAUCUUAAGGAAUGAAAAACCUCAACUUCUUGGAGAGUUGGUCUUUUCUGUCAGUUUAUAUGAAAUGAUCACUGACAUUUAUAUCACCAGUAAAAAUAAAAUUGAUAAUGUUAUUUCCCAUAAUAUGAAAACUGGAUUUUCAAGAUCUUUGAAAGGUACUUUAAACUUACAAACAUCCGAAAUAACUAAAUUGAGGUACAUUUUAGAGAGAUGGAAAUUACAUAUUGAUAGCAUACUUUAUUUGGUGGGAGAUGAAGCCAACGAUAUAAUCACCAAAACUUUAUUGAGAUUUCAAUGGGCUUUAAUUCACAAAGAAAAUACCGAAGAUGCUGAUUUCCAAUCCAGCAAAUUCAUUGCUGACCAAUUGUCUAAGAUGUUGGGAACCUUGAAGUCUUUAAAUGGUGAAAAAUGUAUCAAGAUGAGCAAUUAUGAAAACUUGUACGAUAUUGACGAAGAAUCUAUUACUGACUUAGGGAAUACUAUUGGGGUGCUAACAAUGUUUGCAAAGAUUCUUUAUGCUAAUGAUCGUGGAAACAAUGAAGAGUCGGUUUAUUUACUUGAAAGAACAUUAAUUGAUUCCAAAUAUUUCCCCAAGAAUUCCACUAGAAAUGAAGCUGACGAAGUGGCUAUUACUACCAUCAAAAAUUUCUUGGAUAAUUCCACUAUUGAUACCAAACUUAACCUUUGGAACAUUCUUUUCCUGUACUAUAACAAGGAAAAUGACUUCGUCAAAUAUCAAUUUGGAUUUGAGAAGAACUUGGAAACCCUUUAUGACUUCAUAUGUAGUGACAGUUAUAACAAAAUACCUAAACCUUCCAGAUACAGCACAUUAUUAGAAGUCCUUUCGUUUUUUGACGAAUACUUGAUGAUGUACUUGGGCCAUUUAUCUAAAAGGAGCUGGCAAUUAGAAGGAAAAUUGGAAGACAUCAAAACCACUCAUACUCGAUUGAUGGAAUUAUUUCAACUUUUCUAUAUUUUCAGUCUUCACGAAGAAUCUUGUUUGAUAACUGCUCGUAAAACCACAGUAGCUCAAGGUUCGCCUAUAAUUAUCAAUAAAUUCAAAGCCAUGUUAGCUAGACUGGCUACUAUUGUGGUUUUAUACUUUGAUAAAUUAUGUACAUUGAGUGGGUAUGAAAACAGUGAAACUAACACCAAUCAAUUGUUGAGUUUAAUUCAUUCCCAGUUCGGAUUCAGGAAAUUAUGUGAUGGGGGAGAUUGUGUCCUCCUUCAAAUGUUCCAAGAUAGAUUGUUAUUGACCAAUACCGAGGCCUAUCAGUCAGAAGUUCUUCAAAUCUUAUCUUGUAGGUAUAGAUGUAACAUCACAUCUAAUGGAUUUACUCCAGUUGAUCAUCAAACUGAUAGUAAAGCUAAAUUUGACAAAGAGUCAAUUGGCCACAUUUCCAAAUUGGUAUUACCUCUUUGUAUUGAUAGAAAUCCAUUGUAUAAUCCACCAAGAGGAGACUUUAAAGUUCUUUUGGAUGAAUUCUAUGAAGUGGUUUCUGACCCGGAUUAUGACAAUAAUUCCAUGGUGAUCUACAAUGAUUCCAUAUUUAACCAAUACCUAGAUAAUACCACCAUAACACCUAGACUCUUGAAAGAGGCAUUCCACGGAUUACUUACAACUGAAUUUAUCGCUAUGAAUGAUGAAAGACUGCCGGUGAUUCAACAAGGAUUAUUCUUUCUUCAAGCAGUAAUCAUUUUCUCUUCAUAUAAGAUAAGGAAGAAAUCUAUGCAAGGAAGAUCCAUGGAAAUUGAGAAAGUUAUCCAAUUACUCAAAAGUGAUUUGAUCUAUAAUACUAACAGAGUUGAGAGUUGGUUCAUAUUGGGUCAAGCUUAUUCAUUUCUCGUUGAAGAUGAUUUGAUUUGGACUUCGGAUAAACUUGUCAUUGCUGAUCGUAAAUUUGGUACUGCUAACUUACAGAGAAGGUCAUUACUAUGUUAUUUAAUGGCUAUAAGUUUAUCCAAUAGUGAUAGCACUGUUCACAAGAAUAAGAAAUUAUCAUCGGACCUAAUGUCGAGUUUUGCUAUUGAGUUAUUUAACGCAUGUAUGUCACCUAUGGAAAUGUUAGCAUUUAAAGUUACUGAUUAUCCUCGAUUCUUAAGAGUCAAUUCCAAAUGUCAUUUCGUGCUUGAUGCUCCUGUUUCAAGAGUUAGUAAAGAAUUAUGUAUUCGAGUUAUUCAACAAUCCUUACACUUAGCUAUCAAAUUGCAACCUAAAGAAUGGUUCAAUUAUUACAUUCUUUCCAAAAUUCAAGGUAAAAUGAAAUUAGAACCUGAUUUGGUUUUCGAGACAUUAUUAGAAGCUAUCAAAUAUUCUAAGAAUUCCACUCAAUCUUCAUCAACCUCAUUGGACUUAUCACUAGAACCUCAUUAUAGAUUAUGUUCAAUUGCUUAUAAGUAUGUGAAAUCUGAAACAUUACAACCUUCCCAAGUUAUACCAUUCAUUGACCAAGAUCCCAUAUUCAAUGGUAUUGAAAAAUCAAUCACCGAUGAUAAAUCCUUCUUCAGAUUCAUCAUAACCUGUUUGAAGAAAUUAGAAUCCAUUGACAAGAAGAGAUGGCAUCAUAAGUAUAGAUACAGGAUGGCUAAGAUAUACGUUGAAGAUUUUGAAGAACUUCAAGAAGCCAAAGAAGAGAUGUCUUCCAUAAUUUCAUUGAAGCCAACCAGUAAAACUUUAGUUCUGAUUUGGAAACCUGAUAAUGAAAGACCUGGGAAACACUUCUUUUACACCUACCAAUAUAUCCUUUUAUUUAUUGAUAUACUCAUUAAGGAACAGAACUUAACAGGAUUAAUUCAAAUGUUACCCCGUUUAAGAAGGUCUAAUUCCAUCAUGUUAAACUUGGGUUCGGCCUGGGCUGUUUUAUGUAACUCGAUCUGUCAUUUAAUUCGUGAUAUUUCCGAAAUUGGAACUUAUUAUACUGAACAAUUCUUAGUUACUCCUUAUCAAAAUUUCAUUUUCAAGGCCAAUUGGAUACUUGAAGAAUGUAAGAAAAACUCCUUCCCCAAAGAAUUCAAGACCCAUAGCUGUUUAUUAAAUGCCUUGAAUGAUAUGAAGAAACUUAAUAAUGGGUUUGGUCAAACUGCUUUGAUUGAUGACACAAUUUGUUCUCUUUUCAUCAAGAUAUACAAGUCGUUGAAUCAACCAGAUCCCGGUCCUCCAGUUCCAACAGAUUAUCGUAAGAUAAAAAAAUUGGCUAAGAAGGAUAUGUACCCAUUCAUUUUUGAGUUCUUAAAAGCAGCUAAGAAGGAUAUUGAUAAUGUGAUGAAGGAGAAUCCAGAUAUCUUCAAUGAUUUCGUUAAACAAGUAGUGGAAGAAAGAAGACAAUUCAAUGCUUCUUUGAUACCUAUUGUUAUUGAAGAUGGUCCAGAUGGUCCGGAGGUUGUCAAAAAACCCCCAAAGCCUCCAAAACCAGUAAAACCUGUCAACAAAGUUGUAGAUUUGGAUUCUCCAACUUUACCUCCUACAAUAACCAUUGCUGAUAUUGAUAACGAUAUAAUGGAAAUUAAUAGUCCAACACCAAUUCCUUCAUCGCCGAAUAUCAAGUCAGCACUCAUCGAUAUUAGUAGAGAAGAUACUGAAGAGUUUGAAGAUGCACCUGCUUUUGAAUCACCUGUACCGGAAACUGGAAAUACAACAAUCGAUUUAGUUGAAGAAACCCAAUGA